AUGGGCUUAAGGUCUAUGUAUUUAGCUGCGGCGAAGACGUAGAUGACUCAUCGGCUUCGAUGACUGUUCGAGUCGGUUCCUUCGCAGAUCCUCCCGAGAUUCCAGGGCUCGCGCAUGUAAUCGAACACAUGCUUUUUCGCGUUGUAAUCGAACGCAUGUAAUCGAACGCAUGUAAUCGAACACAUUCAAUGAUUUAAAUGUUGUUCUUAAUCUCGUUGUUUUUUCUAAAUUUCAUUUCACUUUAUAUUGCAGCUACAAGAUUAUCUGGCUAAGUAUGAUGGCAAUACUAAUGCCCAUACUGAAUUUGAUCAUACAACAUUCAGCUUUGAAGUCGAUACAGAACACUUUCAUGAUGCUCUUGAUAGGUUUUCCCACCUUUUCAUCAAUCCUCUCAUGGAAACAGAGAGGUUGGAACAUGAGAUCGAUAUCAUAGAUUCUGAAUUUCUCUUGAUCAAGUACAGUGAUGCUGAUCGACUUGAUCAAAUCCUCGCUCACACAUCUUAUGAGGAUCAUCCCUUCAAAUGUUUUUCUUGGGGCAACAGAGUUACUCUCACCAAAGUUCCCCUUGCUUCUCUCCGAAAAUCAGCAUUGGACUUUUUCAAUACUCAUUAUCGAGCUUCUUCAAUGAUCCUUGUGAUUGUCCUAGGAUCAGGAUCAGGCGACGUAGAUAAAAUUCAGUCUUCGGUGACUGAAUUUUUUAGGGAUAUUCCUAAAGGAAUAUCUCCAUAUACACCAGAAAUCAGCCGACCAUGGGACUCGGGUAAAACUUAUUUCCUUCAAUCUGUUGAGAAUAAUCAGAGAGUGAUGAUUACUUGGAGAAUUCCUCGGGAAUCCCAUCAACAAAACAAGGCCGCAAAAUAUGUUAUGCAACUAUUCUCCGAAGGUAAAGAAAUAUUUUUUAUGGUUUGGGAGUUGAUUAUUUUGGUAGGUUUUGAACCAGUCAAGGUGUUCGUUUCUUUUUUUGCAGAGAGAGAAGGAUCCUUGCCCUUCUUUUUGAAGGAAAAAGGAUGGAUUUGGUCGUUGAAGGUUUAUACUGGUGGAAAAAACGGUUUUUCAGCUGAUGAUGAAGACCCCUCAGCUUACUCUUCCACCUCUUUUGGGCAACUGUUUAUACUGGUGUUAGAACUCACCAACGAAGGUUUGGAACAGGAAUAUGUACUCAUUAAUCAUGUAUACGAGUAUCUCGGUUUUCUUAGCCUGAACACUCUUCCUCCAUAUCUCAUGAAAGAACAAAAGGAUUUACAAGAUAUGAGAUUCCGUUUUCUACACAGUGAUGGCCAGUUGAUUGAUUCUUUACUUGGGUUUGCUGAUCGUCUGUCAGCUUACAUACUCUGGUGUGAUGCUAAUCAUGCUUUGAGUCAAUGUUUUUCUGAUCCUACAUGUGAUCAUAGUGAGAUCGAUUUCUUUCUAAAAAAACAUUUUACUCCUGCGAAUAUGAGGAUCUAUUGGCUUGUAAAGACAUUACCGGAAAAAGAAGUUUGUCAAGAUGAACCAUGGUUUGGAACCUCUUACAUGGAAAAGGAAAUUCCCGAAUCUUGUAUCAAGGAUUGGGUGGGUCUCAGAAAUUUUUUUCCGAAGGGAAGUCGCUUUUCUUUCCCUUCUGAAAACUUGUUUAUGCUAUCAAAUGAGAAUCUGUUGGGUAGUGAUGAUGAGGAGCUGCGUCCAUCAAAUGAGAAUCUGUUGGGUAGUGAUGAUGAGGAGCUGCAUCCAUCAAAUGAGAAUCUGUUGGGUAGUGAUGAUGAGGAGCUGCAUGAGGGCGUUGAGAUGGAGUUGCAUGACUCUAGCGAAGAUGGAGAUAGUGAUGGCAUUGACAACACGAUUAAGAUUACGAAGAAUAUCUUCUAUGUCUCUGGUAAUAGCUCCAUUGGGUUAAAUAUAACCCGACCCAAUAAAUUUUUUUGUGAAAGAAUUUUAAAAACGGGUCGGAUAUCCGAUAUACCCGGAAGUAUUUUUACCCACCCGUCGCCAAAGUGUUGCAAAAAUACUAGUAUAGAUAAUCAAAAGCCACUAAUUUGUAACAUCUUAAAUGUUUGGGUCAAAUAUUAAAAAUUUCGAAACAUGAAGGACUACUAAAUGAUUAAUAGAAACAAUAUAAGUAACAUGUUGAUUAAUCUGAGAAGAAGAAGAAGACGGCGAAGAGAAUCCAAACAACGACGGAGCUGAAGCGAAAACCUCUGAACGGAUAUUAUAGAGGUAAACAAUCUGCUGGGAUUCUUCCGCCGGGAGAUCUUUCAUCGGCGUAGAGAAAUGCCGAUCAUCAUCAUCUUCACUAUUACUGCUUCGAUGGAGAUUUGGCUCCGAAAAACUUCGAUUAGUGGGCUUUUGACUAUGUCAGACACAAGUAUCAACUCAUCUCGACCGUUGAUCUCUUCCAAUACAUGAUAUUUAAAAUAAAACUAACUGUUAUAUAUCUUUUUUUAUUUCGGUAUAUACAGUUAAACUAAGAUAUCAAAUUAAUUCUUAAUUUUAAUAACUUACAUAAUUUAAAGAUCCACAUAAAAAGAAUUACGUUUAAAUGUAAAAUAUGAGUUGUUAGAUGACGAUGGAGAGAGCCAAGAAGAGGACGAUAAUGAUAACCAAAAAAUGAGAUUAGAUAUAACAAUUAAGAAGAUGAGGUAGACCAAUAUUAAUUGAAAACCUACUACAAUUAAGAAGAUGAGAGUGCUCCAAAGUUUAAAACGGCAAUAAUAUAUUAUGAAAAAAAUGACAACAACAUCUUUUGAGUUCUAAAGACGAAUGAGUGUUGUAGAUUUCCAGAAUUUUGUUUGGAAAAUAUUAGUAUUCUAUUUUCCCCGCUCCCGAAGUAUUAGGGGGUGUUAUUGGUUUAUGAUUUCAAAAGAUUUUUAGUGACUUAAAGAGUCAUGUAGAAUAUGUUGUUAUUCAAUCAAGAUUUUUUAAAAGUA